GCCCGCUGAGAGCCCUUUCUGAUCGCGAGCGGUGGUGGCGGAGCCGAGGCGGCGGCACGGGACCUGCAGUCGCCGGGAUUCCCUCCAGGUGACGAUGCUCUGGUUCUCCGCCGUCAGGGCUCUGGCUGAGCGUCCCCGCCGGCGCUCGCCCGGGAUUACCUGCUGCGUCUUGCUGCUGCUCAAUUGCUCGGGGGUCCCCAUGUCUCUGGCUUCCUCCUUCUUGACAGGUUCUGUUGCAAAAUGUGAAAAUGAAGGUGAAGUCCUGCAGAUCCCGUUUAUCACAGACAACCCGUGUAUAAUGUGCGUCUGCUUGAACAAGGAAGUGACCUGCAAGCGGGAGAAGUGCCCGGUGCUGUCCCGGGACUGCGCCCUCGCCGUCAAGCAGAGGGGAGCCUGCUGCGAGCGCUGCAAAGGUUGCACCUAUGAAGGGAACACCUAUAACAGCUCCUUCAAGUGGCAGAGUCCUGCGGAACCCUGUGUCCUGCGCCAGUGCCAGGAAGGCGUGGUCACUGAGUCUGAGGUGCGGUGCGUCGUGCAUUGUAGAAAUCCCUCCAAGGAUCUGGGACUGUGCUGCCCCACGUGUCCAGGCUGUGUGUUUGAGGGUGUGCAGUACCAAGAAGGAGAGGACUUUCAGCCCGAAGGAGACAAGUGCACCAAGUGUUCCUGCGUUGGCGGCAGGACACAGUGUGUGCGUGAGGUCUGUCCCAUCCUCUCCUGUCCUCAGCACCUUAGCCACGUUCCCCCAGGACAGUGCUGCCCCAAAUGUUUGGGUCAGAGGAAAGUGUUUGACCUCCCGUUUGGAAGCUGCCUCUUCCGCAGUGAUGUGUAUGACAACGGAUCCUCGUUUCUGUACGACGACUGCACGGCGUGCACCUGCCGGGACUCCACUGUGGUGUGUAAGAAGAAGUGCUCCCGGGCCGGCGGCUGCGACAAGGGCGAGGAGGCCUGCUGUGAGGAGUGCCUCCUGCACGUGCCCCCGGAAGACACCAAAGUGUGCAAGUUUGGCAACAAGGUUUUUCGGGACGGAGAGAUGUGGUCUUCCGUGAACUGCACCAUCUGUGCGUGUGUGAAAGGCAAGGCCGAGUGUCGCAAGAAGCAGUGCGCCCCCAUCAGCAGCUGCCCGCAGGGUAAAAUUCUCAACCGAAAAGGAUGCUGCCCUAUUUGCACUGAAAAGCCCGGCGUUUGCACGGUAUUCGGAGAUCCCCACUACAACACUUUUGACGGACGGACAUUUAACUUUCAGGGGACGUGUCAGUACGUUUUGACGAAAGACUGCUCCUCCCCUGCCUCGCCCUUCCAGGUGCUGGUGAAGAACGAUGCCCGCAGGACCCGCUCCUUCUCGUGGACCAAGUCGGUGGACCUGGUGCUGGGCGCGGGCACCGUGAGCCUCCAGCAGCACCUGACCGUGCGCUGGAACUUCCACAUCGACCUGGACGGCUACCUCCUGAAAGUGACGACCAAAGCAGGUUUGGAAAUAUCCUGGGAUGGAGACAGUUUUGUAGAAGUCAUGGCUGCCCCUCAUCUCAAGGGCAAACUUUGUGGUCUCUGUGGCAACUACAAUGGACAUAAACGUGAUGACUUAAUUGGUGGAGAUGGAAACUUCAAGUUUGAUGUGGAUGACUUUGCUGAGUCCUGGAGGGUGGAGUCCAAUGAGUUCUGCAACAGACCCCGCAGAAAGCCAGUGCCUGAACUGUGUCAAGGGACCGUGAAGGUAAAGCUCCGAGCCCAUCGAGAAUGCCAGAAACUCAAGUCUUGGGAGUUUCAGACCUGCCACUCAACAGUGGACUAUGCUACUUUCUACCGGUCCUGCGUGACUGACAUGUGUGAGUGUCCCGUCCAUAAGAACUGCUACUGCGAGUCAUUCCUGGCAUACACCCGGGCCUGCCAGCGGGAGGGCGUCGGCGUCCACUGGGAGCCCCAGCAGAGUUGUGCAGCCACCCAGUGUAAGCACGGGGCUGUGUACGACACCUGCGGCCCAGGGUGUGCCAAGACCUGUGACAACUGGAAUGAGAUUGGUCCGUGCAAUAAGCCGUGCGUUGCGGGCUGCCACUGUCCCGCCAACCUGGUCCUUCACCGGGGAAGGUGCAUCAAGCCAGUCCUUUGUCCUCAGCGGUGACCUCUGUUCAGCAGCUAAAGACUUUGAAACCUGGUGCCCUUGACACUGGCGUGGAAGGGCCAGUGAGGGACUGCCAUGUUCGUGUGCCCUCCUGUGCACACACAGAGUAUAUACGUGUACAUAUAUAGAUAUAGAGAUAUAUUCAGAAACAUUUUGUCAUUUAUAUAAACUACAGGUGGAUUAUUAUAUGUAUAUUUUUUGCUAUAAGACAUGUAUUGUUUCUAGAAUCGUAAUCUGUAAGCCAUUGGACACAUUGUAUAAAUAAACCAGGUGUUUUUAAUUUAAUAAGGCAGCAUGCGGACAUCUUGGAUGGCUUUAACAUCACAUACGUUGUCAUUUAGAAGGAAGUUUUUCUAAAAAAAACAAACCCCUCAAUUGCCUGCCUGCAUUAAUUUUAGCUUUGAAUCAGGAUUUGCAGUUGAGUGAGAAGUGCAUUUCUCUGGAGAAGGGCAGCUCUGUCUAGGGGUGUUUUGCGAUUGCAGAGAAAGGAAUGUUUCCGGAAAGAGACGGCUGCUGAUUGGGGACAGGCCCUAAUGGUGCGUGGAAAGCAAGGCGUAGUUUCUUAGACGUUAUUGGGUCAUGAUCCGGUAUGAUUUCCCACACUGAUUGGCGGGUUGCCAAGAAAUAGAUAUUUGUUGCUGGAGCAUAACCAAAGAAUCAAAUGGUUUCUUACCAUCUUUGUAUAUUCCUGGAGUCUCCUGAUUGUAUACGUGUGUGUAUGAUGGAUGCAUCCACUUGUAUGUCACACAUAGAGAUUAGGGAUGUCUGGGCGACAUGUUAGUUUUAUUGGGCAUGAGCAAAUAUUUGGAGAAACUUGCACAACAUAAGAAAAGCUAUCCAUUUCUCUGAAUCUCAGAACAAUUUAGGGUGGGCAAAUCUGAUGAGUCGCUGUAAGCCAUCCCCAUAUUGUGGCUGUUCCAUUUAUAAAGUGAAAGUCUUUAUUUAUAGAGGAUCCCCAGUUCAUUGCUAUUUGGUGACUGUUAACAUGUCGUAAUUAUUACACAGAAGGAAAGCCUUUACCGAGCUGUCGAUUUAACACUAGUCCAAAUGAAGAAUGGUCUAUAUACUUGCGCUACUACCCUGAGAGGUUACUGUUAGUCACCAUGUGAUUUUCCUGACUUCUUUUCAGCUGCAUACGUGAAAAUGUCAACAAAACAAAACCCACUGAUGUCUAAAAAUAACAUGUUUUGCAUUGUAGUAAAUAAAGGGCUUAAGAUUUAAAACUACAUAUUUUCCAUUUCAAGAUGUGCUGUGCUGUACUUUAUAAAUAAGCUAUACCAACGCCAGGUUCUUGAUCUCUAACAGCUCUAUUUAUAUACAUUCUAUAUACCCUAUAAUGCAUUAUAAAGAGUAUUAUUAACAGGUAAUAGCGAAUCCCAAAUCGUUGAGAGUCAGCAUGUUGCCAUCACUUGUGAAGACAUUUGUGUUUAGCAGAUGUUCCUGACGGAUGGAUUGGAUUUCUUACUGGGACAUGUCUCAUUGUUGGAGUGAGCAGAAUAAAGCACACAGUGUAAUAGUGACUGAGGAACCAGGGAGUGUGGUUGGGUCCUAAAUACCCCACUAUCUGGGACCCACGGUAUCCAGGCCACUGCGUCAGUGCUGUAUGUAGAAUGAGAGCCUGGGUGUAGGAGACCCUUUCCAGGUGUAGUUUGUGACCUUGUUCCUAUUGUUUGAGGAUUUGGAGCCCCUCUUUUGUUUAUCUGUAACACAAAGAGGUAGUGUCCAGGCAGGGUUAAGAACCAGGUGGUCUCGACCCCCUGCCACGACUGAGAUGACUUGCAUAGUCAUCCAGACACAAUUUGCAAUCAUGUAAUUCUAAUUUCAUCUACUCCCACACUGUGCUAAAAGGAGGCAGAGGGAAAUCAGUUGAUCUGCCCUGUUCCUUUUUUUAUUUAGAUCCUCUUUCAAUUCCUUCCCAGUUCACUCUUCAUGAAAGAGGGAUGCAGCAGAGAGGCAGAAGAGAAAUUGUGGGUGGCUAUUUACUGCUCAUGACUCAUCCAAGGGCUGAGUGUACCCAGCGAGACACCAUAACCUCUUUUUCAACAUUGUCAAUCACAGCCAACCUUGGGGGAUGAAUGAUGAAGGCCCUUUUUCAUGGAUCAAUUUCAUGAAUUUGGGUGGCUUGAUUACAAGUUUGUGUGACAUUUCUUCUCUGCGGUUUAGUUUAACCUUCGAUCUUUUUUGUUGUUGUUUCCAUGCCUAUUCGUAGAAGAAGGAAAGAGAGAAGACAGAGGAGAGCUUGGGCCUACUAAGUGAAACAGCUGUCUGAUGAUGGAGGGAGGGGACGUCAGCUCAACAGUUGGUUUCUGUUUACUGUUAUUGGCCAUGGCUAUAGUCAAGCAAUGAUUUUUGGCUCAUGCCUGAUUGUAAUGCUGAUUAACCAAGUGCUUCAGUGAUAGUGGGCCCACUUUGUUCACAUGGUAUGUUUUCGUGGGUUCUCAAAGGCAAGCUCCUGCAGAGUUAGGUGAUUUGAAGUGAAAAUGUUUCAUUUAACUGAUUAAUAUAUAUAACCCAGGCUAGCAGUGAGUGUGGGUUCUGUGAUACCUAUGAAAUUAAUAGAGUGGUUGAUAUUGCUCUGUCUACAUGUAUAGAAUCCCUGUGUGGGUUAUGCUAUCAGCUAUGAAUAUUGCAUUUGAUGAGGGAAACAGCACUAUUAUGAUUCUCAUUACACAUGGUUCUAAGGAAAAGUAAGUUCUUUCCUUUCUUCCUAUGAGAAUAGGAAUGUUUGAAAGUUCUGGGGUUUUGUUUUCAUUGAUUUGAGAGAGAGAGGAAAGGAGAG